AUGGACAAGAAGAGCAGGAGAGGAAAAGGUUCUUGGGUGGAGGAGGAGGAGGAGUGGGGUAAGGCAAAGCCAUCAACUCUCAAGAAUUUGCCGGAGAACAAACUAAGGGAGGCUCUUGAGGAGGCUUCUGAAGAUGGGUCAUUGGCAAAAUCACAUGAAAUUGAUUCUGAGUCUUUGAAUCAAGAUGGCUACUUGGGAAGGUCAAGAUCUCUUGCAAGGCUUAAUGCCCAGAAGGAAUUCUUGAGGGCAUCUGCUCUUUUGGCUGAUAGGACAUUUUGCACUGAAGAAUCCAUUCCUGACUUUAAUGAAGCCUUCGAUAAGUUCUUGACUUUGUACCCAAAGUUCCAAUGUUCAGAAAGAAUUGACCAAUUGAGAUCAGAUGAGUACAGUCACCUAUGUGAUCCAGGUGCAAAGGUAUGCCUUGAUUACUGUGGUUACGGGUUGUUUUCUUAUUUUCAAACGCUACAGUAUUGGGAUUCAUCUGCAUUUAGCUUAAAGGAAAUUACUGCAAAUUUGAGCAAUCAUGCACUUCAUGGGGGUGCAGAGGACGGUACUGUGGAGCAUGAUAUUAAAACCAAAAUUAUGGAUUACUUGAACAUUCCUGAGAAUGAGUUUGUACUUCUUUUUACUGUUAGUCGAGGAUCUGCAUUUAAAUUGCUGGCUGAAUCAUAUCCUUUCCAUUCGAACAAGAGGCUGUUGACUAUGUUUGACCAUGAGAGCCAGUCUGAGUUGGAUGGCUCAAUAGAGUUGAGAAAACAAAUUUCAAACAAGAAGAAAAGGAGGAAAGAUUCUGCAGUGGGGCUUUUUGUUUUCCCUGUUCAGUCAAGAGUUACAGGUUCCAAGUAUACAUACCAGUGGAUGGCAAUGGCACAGCAAAACAACUGGCAUGUAUGGCUGGAUGCUGGUUCACUAGGUCCUAAAGAUAUGGAUUCACUUGGUUUGUCCCUUUUCCGGCCAGAUUUCAUUAUUACAUCAUUCUACAAGGUAUUUGGUUAUGAUCCAACAGGGUUUGGAUGCCUUUUGAUAAAAAAAUCUGUGAUGGCAACCCUUCAAAACCAAACUGGUCGUACGGGGUCUGGGAUUGUGAGAAUUGUCCCUGAUUUUCCUCAGUACCUUGGUGACUCUCUGGAUGGCUUUGAUGGAUUAAUGGGCGUGGAAGAAAAGGCAGAUGACAAAAAUGAAAACACUGAACCAGAAAAGCCUGGAGGGCCGCAAUUGCCAGCAUUUUCUGGUGUUUAUACGGCCUCACAGGUCAGGGAUGUUUUUGAGACAGAGAUUGAUUAA